AUGGCGCCCGCUUCACUCCUGGACCUUGUGUCCGCACUGCCCACCUCGGAAGGAUGGGGCCGACAAGCUGGGCCGCAUGGCCGACUGGACAGAGGGCAAGGACCGUGA